UGUGUCUCUCAAGUCUCAACCCAAACAAUGCCGUCGCCGAAGCCCUUCGCGACAGCCCUGGGUACCCUCCGCCUCCGCCUAACCUCCGACCUCCGCCUCCGCGGCGGCAGUGGAGACGGUCCCAGCCGCUGGGCCACCCCCGGCCACCAAGAUCGCCCAAACGGCUACCUCUUCAACCGGCCGCCGGGGCAGGCGAGGAAGUGGGAGGACUGGGAGCUCCCUUGCUACGUCACGAGCUUCCUCACCAUUGUCAUACUCGGAGUGGGCCUCAACGCCAAGCCCGACCUCACCAUCGAGACCUGGGCCCACCAGAAAGCCCUCCAGCGUCUCCAGGCCCAGCAAUUGGCUGAUAAUUCUGAAUGAUUGUUGAAUCUAUUCGGUAAUUUGAUUUACCUUUCUGCCCUGUUUUGAGCGAACGUGUUGGAAAGAAGAUCUUGGCUCUUGAGCAUCUCAAACAGCUUCGGUUUAUUAUUUUUUUAUUUUUUAAAUCUUGAAUUGUUAUAUACUGUAUGUGGAGGAGUUUAUGAUGAUUCUCUGAAUUCGAGUUCCAGUUUUAUGUCUUCGGUGAUACUAAUUGUUUAGCUGUCUGCUUGGGGCAUCGACUAGGAAUUAGUAGCUGAAAAUACUA